CGCCUGGGUCAGGGGUCAGUGAAGAUGGCGGCGGCCGUGACCUUCCGCGCGCUGCUGGGCCGCUGCGGGGCCGCGCUGGGGGCGCGGGGGCUCGGGGUGCGCGCCGGACCGGGCGGGGAGAAGGUCACGCACACGGGCCAGGCCUAUGACGUUGGGGACUACAGGAGGAUCCGCUUCGUGGGCCGGCAGAAGGAGGUGAAUGAGAACUUCGCCAUUGACCUCAUUGCUGAGCAGCCCGUGAGCGAGGUGGGCAGCCGUGUGGUGGCCUGUGAUGGCGGUGGGGGUGCCCUGGGCCAUCCCAGGGUGUACAUCAACCUGGACAAGGAGACCAAGACGGGCACGUGCGGCUACUGCGGCCUGCAGUUCCGGCAGCAGCAUCACUAGUGCCUGGGUGCCAGAAUAAAGGGCGUCUCCAGGCCA